CAGUACCAAUCAACUUGAUCGUCAUUAAGCAUAUUUUAUUUUAGGAAUGGGGAUAUCUAAAGUCAACACCCAUCAUUCCCAAUCUCAGUUUCAACUUUCAUAACUCAUACAUCAAAUUCUUAUCCACCAUUCUCAUAAUUAUACUUAGAUCAUGGCGGCUUAUGCAGCAUUGGUUUCUCUUCUGCGUCUCAUAGAUGACAUCCAACACCAUCAUUCCCCACCCAUCUCUCUCCACAAACACCAAAUUCAAUCCCUCACUGAAAAUGCUCUCUCCCUGCAAAAAUUUCUCAAAGAUUACAAGUCCCCUGUUUCUGACAGCGGCGAAGCAGAUCCAUUGGAGAUGCGUAUAGCUGAUGCAGCUUAUGCUGCUGAGGAAGCUAUCGAAUCCCAUAUUGUUGACAAGAUCCGGCUCAGUCGCUCUCAAGGUCCAAAGGAUCUGGGAAAUGUCUCAUCAUAUGAUGAUGAUAAUGAACAGAUCAAGUUGAUUCAAGCUGUACAAAUUGUGAUAGAAGAAAUGGAUCGGAUCAAGAUAGUGGCGACGGAGACCAACACGGGGAAGAAGGUGGUGGUGCCCCGUGAUCAACCGCCGCGUGGAGCCGUCCCUUCAUCCAGUGGGAAGAAGAGUAGUGGCAUGAUGGUGUUCUCUGAUCAUGUCAUGCGUGGGAUCAUGGAUAAGCUCAUGUCAAACGAAUCCGGCCGCCAAGUCAUCCCCAUCACAGGUAUGGGUGGAAUAGGUAAGACUGCUCUUGCUCAAACCGUUUAUUCACAAAAGGCUAUUGAGGAGCAUUUUAAAAUUUGUGCUUGGGCUACUAUUUCUGAACAAUACAACACCAGAGAAAUUCUAUGUGAACUUGUUCAUCAAGCCACUAAGAAAGACAAAGAACAAUUAAGUGAAAGGAGUGAAGCCGAAUUAGGAUUAGAGCUCCACAAAUCUUUGUUUGGUAGAAGAUUUCUAAUUGUGAUGGAUGAUAUGUGGAAUAUUGAGUCUUGGAAUGAGAUAGAACAUUGCUUUCCUAACAAUGGAAAUUCCAGUCGGAUAAUGGUGACGACUAGGCUAUCCCAAUUGAGUUCUCAGUUGAACAAUCAUUAUAGCCAUCAAAUGGAAUUUCUUGAUGAGAGUAUUAGUUGGGUCUUGUUCUCCAAAACUGUGUUUGGAGAGGAACAAUUUCCUCUUGAAUUGGAGAAAGUUGGAAAGGAAAUUGCAUAUAAUUGUAGGGGACUUCCUCUAUCAAUUGUUGUAGUUGGAGGUAUUUUAAAACAUAUGGAACGCACACAAGACUGUUGGGAAUCAAUAAGAAACAACCUAGCUUCGGUAGUCAAUUUGGACAACGAUAAACAUUGCUUUAGAUUGUUAAAAAUGAGCUAUGAUCAUUUGCCAGUCUACUUAAAGCCUUGUUUCUUAUACUUGGGUGUGUUUGAGGAAGAUGAUGCAAUUAUUGUCUCGACUCUAGUCAAGCUAUGGGUUUCUGAAGGAAUUCUUAAACCAGCAGAUGGAAAAAGUUUGGAAACAACUGGGAAAGGAUUCCUAAAGGACUUAGUUGAUAGAAAUCUCGUUUUGGUUGAUGAGUUGGGGUCCACUGGAAACAUAAAACGAGUCAAAGUUCAUGAUCUGUUAAGAGACCUAUGUUUGGAUCAGGGCAAGAAAGAAGGGUUUUUUCAUGUGAUUGGAGAAUCUAGUCCCCGAGGCAUAGAUACCCAACGUCGCGUUGUUAUACGCAGGAACACUUCAAAGGAGAAAGUUAUUGAUGACUUGCAAUAUAUGUCACAUGCUCGUUCCAUUAUUUGCGAGCAUGGGGAAGUUCCACCGUGCCGGAAUAUUGGAUUGUUGAGGACAUUACAAGCAUACAAAUUUCGUAGUAUGAAAGACAAAAGACACAAGAAUCCUCUUGUUUCUGGUUAUGUUAACUUGCGGCACGCAGCUGUUGAAGUUGCUAGCACAUCCUCAAUUUUUUCGUCUUUCAAUCGUCUUUGGAAUUUGCAGACAUUGAUCGUUAAUUGUGAGCAUAGUUCUACUGCGCCCACUCAGAUAUGGAAAAUGGCUCAACUAAGGCACAUUAAGAUUUAUGGACACUUGCUUCUCCCAGAUCCCCCAAGUGAUGCGGUCGUCAUGGAGAAUCUAGUGGAACUUCGGGGAGUGCUUAAUUUCAAGUGCAAUGAAGAAGUGGUUAAGAGAAUUCCCAAUAUCAGGAAAUUGAAGCUAACAUAUUCAGGCAGCGGAGGGGCGGGCCAUGAUGAUUAUUAUUGUUUGAGCAACAUUAAAUGUCUGUCUAAAUUAGAAUCUAUCCGUGUCUUUACUUUGUCUGAUUUUAGAGGGAAUGGCUCUUUGUAUAAGCUCAGCUUUCCCAAAACCCUCAAGAGUUUGAAUCUUAUGAUGCCACGUGACUUUGAAUGGGAAAUGAUGUUGGAAACGAUAGGUUCGCUGCCCCUUCUUGAGAAAAUUGAACUCACGUUAGGAUGCUUUGGAACAGGCAAGUGGGAAAUCUUUGAAGGCCAAUUUCCUUGUCUCAAACACUUGGAAUUUUCGUUGUGUGACAGCCUGAAACAUUGGACUACAGAAGCGAGCUCCAUUCUUCCAAGCCUUGAGAAGCUUCGUCUUGUUAAUUUAAGAGGAUUGGAGAAUAUCCCGAUGGAAAUUGGACACAUACUGACGCUCCAAAACAUACACCUUAUUUAUUGUUGCGGAUCAGUGGUGAAAUGUGCAAAAGAGAUAGUAGAGGAACAAAUGGAUUAUCAAGGGGACGAUCUUCCCUUUCAUGUUCACGUCAAGCUUUCAGCUCUUUUGAAGUAUCCAGCACAAAUGGCAGGUCCCAACUUUGAAGUUGAACAAUAAUAAAAAUGCAUUGUUCAGAGCGUCGCCGGAACUGAGAGAGGCUGUUACGGAUAUUUCAUUGCCUCCCGGAGGAAAGGAGACCCAGAGCGUGGAGCACGCUAGGGAGACUGAGAUGGAAGAGUCCUACGACACGGUCGAGAGAAUGGAGUAGACGGCGACAACAACAUCAAAGAAGGAACGUCCCAAGAGGCAGUUGCGUCGCCCGGAUCGGCUCGGCGACUAUGUUUCACGCUAGGCGUGAGCUAUUGUAGUUAAGUACUCUCUCCGUCUCAUUCAAAAUGGUCACAUUUCCUUUUUUGUUUGUCCCAAUUAAGAUGACCACUUUCCAAUAUUGGAAAUAACCUUCUUUCUUCUCACCUCAUUAAAAUAUUCAACUACUUUUUUCCUCUAUACUUUAUUCCACCUAACAACAUUUCCUAAAAUCUCGUGCCACUCAAGAAUGUGGUAAUUGAGCGGCAUGGAGGGAGUACAUUUUAUUAAUUAAUUUAGUUAUUAUUUCAUUUCCGGAUAUUAUUUAAUUAUGUUUAUGGGUCGAGCGGAACUAUAAGCUCCUUUCUGGGUUUUCUUCGUUGAUUCUUUCUCGGAUCGUAGGUCGAAUCAACCCUUAAGGUCCUUUGUCUUUAUAAAUAGACCUUGUUAUUCUUUUUCCAAGUUAUGAAAUAUUAACUAGUUUUGCCUUAUUUUUCUCUUACUUUUCACGCAAGCAAUUUGCCAAGAACCGGUUGAUCGAUGGGGCUGAGCGUCCCCACAACUUCCUUUAUCGUUUAAUCCUUAAUAAGGGACGCAUCCUGUCACGACCGUCCUUUCUGGGGUUAAUAAAUGCAGGUGGUCGUGACUAAUGGGACUUUAAGAAAGAAGAGUUUUCUAGGGUUUCACUAAAGAGUUUAACCAAAAUAAUUGAUAUUCACAUAACGAGGGAAAUCCAAUGUAAAUGCUUAACAUUUAAAUCCAAAGUCAACCGUUAUCAUAAGUAAUAAUCUAAGAGUAAAAAGAGGUUCAAAAACAUAAUUGAGAAAAAUAGUCAUGAUUCAACGGAAGCAUUCAAAAGUAAGAGUGACGCAAUAUACGAAGACACGUCGACCUUUGGAGUUCAGAAUAAAACAAUAAUUAAGGUUCGACUCAACACCACCCCAAGCUCGUCGCAGCUCAACUUGCACAUAAGAAAAACACAUGUAGGGCUGAGUACUAUAAAUACACAGUAGACUAAUGCUGAAAACAUAAUAUUUGUCAGGUAACCAUCAUGGUUUUAGCUUUAGAAAGGCCCGAUGCACCAAAAUAUUUCAUCAUUCAAAAUCAUGACUGCGCAGUCAUUUUCCCAUAGACGUCAACCAUAUCUGCACAUACAUGACAUGGAUGUGGCUACAAUCCAAGUCACUAGACCGGCCAACCCAUAAGAUGACACAUGAUCUACGUACCAUAGGUGUACACUAAUCCAAGUAGGGUUCGCGGCCCUACAAGGAUCCGGAUUCGAUUUAAAUAGCACAUGGCUAAGCCAUUCCAGAUAGGCACGUUAAAAUAAAAAUACGGCAGGAUAAACAUAUUGACAUUUCAUUCCCAUCGAUAAAAUAGUUAGGACAUUGUCUUUAUUUAAAAGAAAGCCCCCAAGUGCUUAAUCCAAAAUCAUGUUCUUUCUCUUGUGAUCUCGGCUCAUUUGCGAGGAUUCACCUUUUGAAUUUAAAUAACACAUAGAUCAACACAAAGAAUCAAGUCAAUAAAUAAAAUGCAAGCAUUAUAUGACUUCACAAAUUUUGGCCUACACAUUCCUCCGUAUCUUAGGUGGUCCUCAAGUGCUCUUUACUUAUUUAUUUAAUUCUGAACUCUAUAAUAUUCUAUAUUUGGAAUAAGAAUUCUCUUAUGAGAAGAAAAAUAUGUGUACAUUGGAUGUUCGGUGCAUUAUAUGACAAAUAUAUUUUUGUGUGAUUUUAGGCUAAAAUAGAGCAUUAUUCCUCAAGAGCCAACUCUGUUUAGAGGAAGUGUUAGAACAAACCUCGAUCCAUUAGGCCUUUACUCUGAUGAUGAGAUUUGGAAGGCCCUUGAAAAAUGUCAACUUAAGUCAACAAUCAGUGAACUGCCAAACUUACUAGAAGCUUCUGUGAGUGAUGAAGGGGAGAAUUGGAGCAUGGGGCAGAGGCAACUCUUUUGCCUGGGAAGGGUCCUUUUGAAGAGGAACAAGAUCUUGGUUCUCGACGAGGCGACCGCCUCUAUUGACUCGAACACGGAUGUCAUUUUGCAGAGGAUAAUCAGGGAGGAGUUCUCCAAGUGUACAGUGAUAACUGUGGCGCAUCGCGUUCCAACUGUGAUUGACAGUGACAUGGUGCUUGUCUUGUCUUAUGGGAAGUUGGUGGAGUAUGAUGAACCUUCAAGGCUUAUGGAGAUCGAUUCUUCAUUUUCAAAGCUUGUGGCUGAGUAUUGGUCAAGUUGUAAGAAGAAGUAAUUUUAUUGUAAUUGCUUUUUUUCCAUUUUUAUUCUUCAUAGGAGAGCUAUAUGUCUUAAAGAAAGUUCAUAAAUUUCAAUUUUUUUCA